AUGGUUUAUCAAAUUGAUCUCCAAAAUUACAGAAAAUCUCCAAAGCAACAAAGCUCCAGCCAAAGAGAAAAAUUGGCUAAUAAGCAUUUAAAUACUCUCCGACUUGAAAAUCUAGCAGGCAUUUUUAAAAUACACCAAACAAUCCCAUGCCAAAAAAAUAUUGAGACUGUGUUUGGUAUUUCAAAAUCCUAUGCUUGCUCAGAAAGAUUGAUGAGUUUAAGCAAGCCUCGAGACCUUUUAAUUAAAAAAAGCAAAACAUACAGCUCUUCAGCUGAUCUCAAGCCUAAAGAAAAAAUUAUUCUCCCUAAAAUUUCAAAAUCAAAAGAGCAACCAAACAUUGAAUAUUUAAAAAUUUCAGAAGAACUUGAUAUACUUAAUCAGAUUAAAAAUUUACACCUUUUGUAAAGGUCUUCUUUACUCUAUUUUUAAAAAAUAAUUUUUUUUAUAAAUAUUUUCAUUAAUUCAUAGCAAUGAUGUUUAGAUUUACAAAAAGAAUCAAAAAGGACAUUACUUUAUUUGGGUGCUCGACUAUAGAUAUCAUGAAUUUAAAUCUGAAAAAGCACUUAAGAUUAAGUGUACCUUAA